GUUCACCUUCUUUCUUUUCCUAAAAUAGGAUAUAUAUAUAUAUAUAUAUAUAUAUAUAUUAAAGAUAUAUUUAUUAUACUCAAAUAAGAAUGCCGCCGCAACAGGUUAAGCAGGAGCUUAGCGAAGAGGAGAUUAAUCGGCGCCGUAUUAACCAACGGCUUAACGAUAUUCGAAUUGGCCCGCUUAAACAGCUUCCGUUAAAUUUAUUCAUGAUGUGGAUUGUAGGUAAUGAAGUGAGCAUUUUCUCCAUCAUGUUUGUAGGCAUGGCAGUCAUAAAUCCUCUUCAAAGCAUUUUCAAUGCGGGCAAGAACUUUACAGAGUUCGAAGAAGAUGGUAAGGUUGACCGACAAGUCCUCGCGUCCAUAAAGCAGGCUAAAUGGAUUUUCAUUGGCUGUUCACUUCUCUGCUUUCUAGUUGGACUUAUCAAGCUGAGCUGGAUGGAGCUGCUACCGGUGAACAUGAUGGACUGGCUGCCGACUACACCGCCCUCGUAUAAGGAGCAGAGCAUGGGUGUGUUCCUUACUAACUGAUCGGCAUGAAGAUAAUAUCUUUACAUUGUGGUGGAAAAGGGUUCAGUCGAGGCUGUGGUUUAAUAAUUACUUAUCUAAUAGAUAAAUCGAAACAUUGGGUAGGAUAAUGCAAUCACACGAUAGAUGGCAUUUGUCAGGUGCCAUUAGGUGGGUUCGUUAUUAAAUUUUGGUUUGAAUGUUUUUUUUGUGAUGGUUAUCAAGCUGGUGCUAAGGUGGGAAAUGAAAAUUCAGUUGUAUCUUUACCGAAAGUAUAUGCGCACAUCCAAAAAAAUAGUAAAAUGGAAAUUUAGGAAGGUGGAGAUUGCAUAACUUUUGCACUACGAAAGCCUUUUGAUCACUGGGCUGUUUUCAUUUUCCAGUGUAUAAACGGAAAAAAA